AUGGAAAAUGUACUCAUAGAGCCUGAUGUUGCCGGUGUUAUAAAGAAAUUGUCAAGUAUUAUUGAAGAGCAUGCUAAUGACGCAAUAAAAACCGGCGAUGUCUUUAAAAUUGGUUUAUCAGGUGGAUCUUUAAUUAAAUUUCUAGCUGAAGGUUUGCCAUCAAUUACGACCGACUGGUCGAAAUGGAGAUUUUUUUUUUGCGAUGAACGCAUUGUACCUUUUGAUAAUGAAGAUUCUACUUAUGGUCAAUACAAAGCUAGUUUGAUGGGCAAAAUUCCAAUAACUGAAGACCAAUUUAUUACUAUCGAUACUGAGCAUUCAGCUGUUGAAGCAGCCAAUGAUUACAUCAUGAAGAUGUCCGUGUACUUUCCACCGGACAGUCCACCACGUUUCGAUUUGCUGCUGCUUGGAAUCGGUCCGGAUGGACACACUUGUUCGCUCUUUCCCGGGCAUCGUCUGCUCGAGGAAACAAUUAGAUGGGUUUGUCCAAUCAACGAUUCUCCAAAGCCACCACCUUCAAGAAUAACUCUUACGUUCCCAGUUAUUAAUAAUUCUAAGGCUUGUGUUUUUGCUGUCGCUGGAGCUAGCAAGGCUGAUAUAAUCAAGCGUGUACUGAAAGAGAAAGAAAAUUUGCCUGCUGGUCGGGUAAAUCCAACAAAUGGCUCCCUUUACUGGAUCGUUGAUCAAGAAGCUGCCAAAGGCCUCAAUGCAUAG